AUGGAUCAAUCGCAGGACUUCAAGUCCUUGCAGGAACAGGUGCAGGCCGCGCUGAUAUCGACCACCCGGACAGCAGGUCAAAUCUCGUCAGAGGACCUCGGAUUCCAGCGCUCGCUGCACCCUGAAGUUGGGACCGCCCUCGAUGAACAAAGCGCGCGACUGCUCGCAUUGUCUACGGGUUUGCUCAAGUCUGCCGCCUCAAUAGCAGAACUGCGUGCACCGGUUCUUGAAGACAGCGACGAUGUGGAAAACAAUUGGCGCAGCGUGGUGGACGUCAUCGAUUCGCUGCUGGAAAAGACCGACACCUGCCUGGAUGAAUAUACUGGCAUGAUCAAGCGCAAAGAUCAACCAAACCCUGACCAACCGGCACCGAAAGAGAAGAAGUCGCCCUUUGCUUUAGGCAAUAGCUUUCGCACUCAGAAUCUCGUUAAGCCCCAACUUGCGUUCGAUAUCAAGCCGAACAACGAUGACGAUUCCCCGUGGCUCCCUUUGCUGACGUCGAAACCCCACGCCGUUGUUCCUUUGGAGAAAAGCCUCAGUACAAUUGUCAAUGAAUUCGGCCUAUCAACAUACAAACAUCCCUACGAAACAGAAAUAUUGCAGCUCCAAUACCCAGACGCAGUCUACCAAAAGGCUGACCCGAUACCAUACCAACCCGUUGACACGACUUCAGCGACCUUCGUUGAUACCGAAGAAGGCGUUUUGCAGAUGUUGAAUGAGCUCAAGGGUGCUAGUGAAAUUGCCAUUGAUCUCGAGCAUCAUGACGUUCGCUCCUAUGUUGGUCUCGUUUCAUUAAUGCAGAUCAGCACUCGCGAAAAAGACUGGAUAGUCGACACUCUCAAGCCUUGGAGACAUAAGUUGCAGAUUCUCAACGAAGUCUUCGCCGAUCCUGAAAUUGUCAAGGUUUUCCAUGGCGCAUUUAUGGAUAUCAUCUGGCUUCAGCGAGAUCUAGGUCUCUACGUUGUUGGAUUAUUUGAUACCCACUGCGCCAGCCGAACGUUAGGAUAUGCAGGCGGAAGCUUGGCCUUCUUGCUGAAGAAAUUCAUUGAUUUCGAUGCCGACAAAAAGUAUCAGAUGGCUGACUGGAGGAUCCGACCAUUACCAGAAGAAAUGCUUUACUAUGCCAGAGCAGAUACACAUUAUCUACUUUACAUCUACGAUAAUAUCCGUAAUGAACUAGUAGACAGGAGCAAUACUGAAAUUCCAGAUGAGAAUCGGAUUGAGCUGGUUCUUCAAAAGUCCAAAGAUGUCUCACUUUUCCGUUACGAUCGUCAAGUAUAUAAUGCGGAGAGCGGUCGAGGGCCUGGGGGUUGGUACUCACUACUGGUAAAAACGCCAGCUCUCUUCAACAACGAGCAAUUCGCGGUCUUCAGGGCUGUCCAUGAAUGGCGGGACAAAAUCGCGCGAGCCGACGACGACAGCCCGGCCUUCGUGAUGCCGAACCAUGUCGUCUUUAGCAUUGCGAAGUUGAUGCCCAUGGAUAUGGUCGCCCUUCUUCGGACCGCCCAUCCUGUCUCUCAUAGCGUGAAAUCUCGCUCGGGAGAACUCCUUGCCCUCAUCAAGACGGCUAAGGCUCGAGGGAAAGAUGGUCCAAGCAUGAUCGAUGUGCUUCGUCCUGACUCUCUAGGUGCCGCAGCCAAAGCAACCAUUCCCGAAAUAGAUGGCAAACCUAGGGGUUUGCUGGAGCCACUAGUUGCUGCAGGUGAGAUUCGAAGCGACAAUUCGACAUUCUGGGGUGGCGCCUUUGGAAGUAGUAUAUGGGAUGACUCGACCCCGGCUAUGAAUGGGGACGAUCUCAGACUUGCUGUGCCCUUACCCCAACUUUCUUCUGAAAUAUUUGCAGCUUCAAAUGGCUUCACAUUGGAGAACCCAAUGCUGAAGGAGGAGCCUAUUAUGUUUCUAUCUGUGGAGCCUAGUAAGCCGGCCAAGGCAGAUGACGAGCCUUUCGUCCUCAAACGUGGAGCCAAGCGAAAGAGCGAUGACAUGGAGGAACUGGAGGAGCAAACUGGUGAAUACGACAUCUCACUUAACGAUCUGGAGGAUGAAGAAGGAGGUUUGACUAAAUCCCAACGUAAGGCGCAACGCCGAGCGGAAAAGAAAGCGAAGAAAGAGGCGAAAAAGGCAGCUAACGGCCCUGCAAAUGGAGGCCGCUCUUCUGGGCCAGACAGUAGACCGGAUGAUGAUGAAGAUGAAGAGCCUUUCGAUUAUAGCAAAGCGGAGUCCGUGCUUCAUUCGAAGCGGAAGGGCGAUGAGAAAAUGGGUGUGGGACGGAACAAGAAACCAAAGCCGUUUGAUCCUUAUGCGAAGAGCGGGGAUGCCCCUAAAGGGAUGAGGAGGGCGCAGACGGAGCGGGCUGGGAAAAGCCAUACUUUUAAAAGGUGA